AUGAGUCUCCGCUUCGGCCGCUUCUUCGCCUUCCCUCAGGGAACGCUCUCCGCUCGCAGAAAAGCGGCACUUCCGAUUCCGGCUAACCCGCCGCGCCUGCGCAGUGCGCCUUGCCCCUUCGCCUCUCCCAAGAUGGCCGCUCGCCUCGACUGCGGAAAGAGGCGCCGGAAGCGGAAGUGUCGCCGGAAGGAGGUCUCUGAGGAGGCUGAAAGCAAGCGGGAGAGUCCGGUGAUGAGUGACGGAGCGGAGGAUUUGUGCUCAGACAGCCUUCCACUCUUGGCUUCCCCGAAGAAGAAGAAAAAGAAGAAGAAGAAAAGGAAAUUGGAGGAAGAAGAAGGAGCAGAAGAGCCUUGUGCGAAUCCUGCUGAAGAUGCAGAGAAUGGUCAGGAAUCCUCCCAAUGGGUCGUCAAAGAGAGCGAAAUGGGGAGACAUCCCAAGAAGAAGAAAAGGAAGAAGCACAGAUCAAAGGAGCGAGGAGAAGGCGAGGAUAUAAUCCCCGAGACGCCAGAAGAAAUCUUCGACCGUUUGGAAGAUGCGGAUCGUGACGUUCCUCCCAAGAAGAAGAAAAAGCAGAAGAAGGCGGCAGCACAGGAAUCAUUAGAAGAUGCCAAAGCCUUGUCCGCAGAUGAGCCUUCAGACCCUCGAGGCGUUUUGCAGAACGGGACGGAAACCACGCUCUCUGCAUCACGGAAACCCCACAGAAAGCAUAAGAAGCAUAAAAGGCACCGGUCGUCUUCCUCCAACGCAUUUAACGGCGAUCCAGAAAUUGCUAAAGAUGGAGAAUAUGACCAGUUCGAGCGACAUCCUGCUGCAUCUCUGGGCAAGGAAGGGCCUCUUCCUCCGUCCUCGGAGCCUCUGGAGCUGGACAACGAGUUCUUUGACUGCCCGGACAUUGUGUCGCAGGACCUGGAGAGCCUCACCCGGGAGCUGGAGGAGUUCAUUCCGGACGUGCGGCAGCGCUCCGAAGACUUCGUCCGGCAGCUGGCCAGGCGGGACCUCCUCCGCUUCCGGAACUUCAAGAAGCAAGGAAUCGCAUUGAAGUUUGGGAAGUUUUCCCGGGCAGAGAACGAGCGGCUGCGGCGGAACGUGGAGGCCUUUCUGGAGGAGAGCGGCAUCGAUUCCGCCGAGAAGCUGCUCUUCACCCACCGCUUCCCCGAAGAGAAGGCCGCCCUCAAGAAGAUCAAGGGGCAGCACUUGUUCGGGAUCAAGAUCGCGCAAGGCAUUCCUCGGCCCUGGAGGCUCGUCUAUUACCGAGCGAGGAAGAUGUUUGACCCUCAGAAUUACAUUGGAAGAUAUUCCGCGGAGGAGCUGCACCAGCUCAAGAAGUACCAGGCCCAGUUCGGCAACAACUGGAAGAAGAUGUCGGAGCUGAUGGGACGCAGCAGCCAUUCGCUCCAGUUGAAGUAUUACGACUUGAUUGCAGAGUUCAACACGGGCCCCUGGACCAAAGAGGAGACCCAGAAGCUGGUGGGGAUCGUGAGGGGCUUCCUGGAGGCCAAAGCGGAACCGGCCCAGAAAGGAGGCCCCGUGAUGCUGCGCCGAGAGAGCCUCUACAAGGGCAUCCCGUGGUUCCGGGUGGAGGAGAAGAUGGGCAGCCGGUGGUGGAAGCAGUGCAAGAGCAAGUGGCUGUCCCUGAUCACCAAGAAGAUGUCCGGAGGGAAGUUGCGGAACCACGGCCUCGAGAGCCUCAAGUUCAGGAUCGAGCUCAUCGAAAGGUUGUAUGACCUGAACGUUGAGGAUGUGGAGGACAUUGACUGGGAGGACCUCUCCCGCCUCAUUGGGAAUGUCCCUCCGGAUUACACCAAAAGCCGCUUUUAUAUGGUCAAGACCUUAUACGUCCCUUUUUGGACCCAGAAGGGCUUCUCCGACGCCAUCGACCACCUUUACACAGAGACGCUGCCGAAGCUCAAGGCCCGAUUGGAAAGGAAGAAGAACCUUCCGGAAACGGAGGAACGGACCUGGAAGAACGCCUUCCGCUUCAGCGACAUCUUCCCGGAAGAGGAAGAGGAGGAAGAGGAAGAGGAAGGAAACGUCUUUGAAGAGGAAGAGCCACCCAGAGAAGCCCAUGCGGAGAUCCAGGGCAAGGCCUCGGGCCCGUAGUGCAUCCCAUAAUAUUGGAAAAGGACCCUUGUUUGCAUCAGGAUUCAUAUAUAUAUAUAUACACAUACAAAUAAAGGAAAUGAUUUUAUAUA